UUCAGUGACAUUUCCACACCCAACACAUGGAUGCGUAUGCGCACUGGUGUUGGCCAGGGUAGCUUGCGCAAGUGCGCUCACCAGGAAAGCGGUCCCCCCAACAAAAAGAAAAGCGAGCGAAGGGCCCAGAAUGGACGGAGAGUCAUUAAAACGGGUCCCACGUUAACCGGGCGCCUUCAGUCAGAAGUCAGGACUUGAACAGGGUUCGUGCGCAACAAGGUUAGAGUCGGGACUGGUCGAUCAUUGCCGGAUUGGAUUGUGCCGUGUUGAGUGGGUUUAUCGUAACAAAGUUUUUGUUUUUCGCCUAUCCAAUAGGAACCGCCCCACGUGUACGACAGAUUGGUUCAAUCCAGUGAGACGAUUAUUGGAGUGAUCUAGUGUAACCCGUGCAAACGUUUGCAUAUACCUUAGGUAAACUAACUAUACGUAACAGUCACAAUGAGUGCUCGCAGAGGACUUCGUACGCGCGUGUAUGACGCCAACAUGAGCAUGGUGGAGAACAACUACCGGGCCGCCCUGGAGCGUCUCGAGAAGAGUCGUCGCGCACCGUCACUCGAUCGGGAGGUGAAGCCACGCAGCUCACCGUUCGUCAGCCGGUACGACUUUAACGGUGCGGAAAUGGACGACGAGCUGCAGAUCGCCCGUAGCCGUGCCGCCAAGGUGAUCCACGAGAAGUCGGUCAUUGACCAGCGUGCGGAGCAGUUCCGCAGCUCCAGCCUGGCGCCGGCACCGGUCAGCUCGGCGCUGGCCCUCGAGGGCGAGUUCGACGAUCAGGUCCAGGCAACGCUAGAACGUAUCCGGGCGAGCAAGAAUCUGCUCAGUCAGCUGCAGUCGGACGAUGCCAUGGAGUCGUACCGCACCGAGGCACGCUCGAAGCUAAGCGAACACACUGCGCGCAAACUGGCAGAUAAGCUGUCGAUGGUAAACAGUGAUGAGGAUGAAUUUACCUCCACCGGCAUGACGGCCCGCAAGGCACUCAAGAUCCGUGCCAGCACCGAAACGUCCUCCGUGGCCAAGAGCUCCCAGGCGCUGAAGUGGAAGGACGAAACGGCCGAAUCGUACGCAACGAAGCGAGCCAGCGCAACGAAGGCACGCCUGCAGGACAUCGACCAGGAGAUUGAGGAGUUCGAGGCGAAGCAGGCGGCACGAGCCCGGCGCAAUGCCCAGCUGAAGCAGCUGCUGGCGGAAACGGCCGCCCAGGACAUUGUUCCGGCCAGCCUAAGUGAGCACGCCGACGGUAUGCGAGUGACGACCGGUGUGAUGAAGGUGAAGACAACGCAGAAGAAGAUGGUCAGCUUCUAACUCUGAGGCCACUCUGAGGUGGAAAAGACGAAUGGUUGGGGAUGGGGAGGGGUAAACAAUGUCCAAACAGGCACGCGUGUUGUUGAGUUUAGUUUCAAUUCUCUUUCAUUCUCGUGUAAUAUUUUUGUGUAAUACGUACAGAUGUGUAGGGCCACCUAGCUUUAGGGUAAGAUUUUAGUUUCUAUCCCGUUGAAAAAAAAAACAAAGAAGCGCAUAGGGAAAUCUUACUCGGACCGUCCUAUACGUGUGUCCGGUGUGGGAAGGUUAGAAGCGUGAAAUGUAGCGUGCAGCCUUUGAUAUAUAGUGUGUAAAACGGUGAGUCGGAAUCUGGUAGGUAAUUCGGGAAUCAAAUCGGCCGUUAAUCCGAUACGAGCAAAUGCGAUGCCUUUUUCUUGUGAAAGACAGCAAUUUAUUGUGGUAGGUAUCAUCGUCGCGUCGUGCGCGUCUGUACGAAGCGGAUGCGAGUGUCAAAAAAAAAUGAGAAUGACAACAGUCCGCACCACCAGAUAGAAUAGGGUGUAAGCGGACCGUUCGUUCGUUCGUGCGUGUACUUCCACUUGUAGCGUUCUAGACCGAAUGAUGCAUACGCUACCAGUAACCCUAAGUUAACCGAUGUGAAAACAUGAUG